AUGAAAUUGAGAACAGGAAAGAGUAUCUAUGAGCCUUUGCCAACUCGAGAACAAAUUGUUUUAUCAACAUCCAAUUGUGACGUAUUUGAAAUCUUGGAGGCUUCUAACACCCUUGCUGGAAUGUACAUCCAGUUGAAAACAGAGUUAAGUUCACAGUCCCAAUCUUUAUCUAAUAGUGGUUCUAGUCCCAGUGUUCCUCCUACCGGAAGUUCUGAUAAACCUGAGGGGCCUCUUCCUCCCGUGAGGUCCAGGUCCAGAUCUCCUCUUCCUGUCAGGUCUAAGUCCAGGUCUCCUCCUCCCGGAAAUUGUUCUUCAGAAAAGGCUUCUUCUUCAAAGCCUCCUCAUGCUGCCAGGUUUAUGGUUCCACCUAAAUGGCUUCCUUCUCAUCACGGACCUGGACAUAAACUUGAUCAACUACCAUUUAUUCGGCUGAUUCCCAAAACAUCUUCGAAACGGAUAUUCGAACUCAGAAGAUACACUUUUCCUGUCGAUACAAGAAUGAAAUUGAGAAGAGGAAACAAGAUUAGUUCACAGUCCGAAUCUUUAUCUAAUAGUGGCUCCAGUCCCGGUUUUCGUCCUACCAGCAGUUCCGAUAAACCUGAAAGCUCUUCUACACCCGUGAGGUCCAGGUCCAGGUCUCCUCCUCCCAGAAAUGUUUCUUCUGAAAAGGCUUCUUCUUCAAAAUCUGCUCUUGCUAACAGAUUAAUCAGAGAAUUUUCUGUGAUUUUAGUCAUUAAGACAUAUCGAUAUGCCGGAUUAAAUGUUAAAGAGUUUAGUUCACAGUCCGAAUCUUCAUCUAAUAGUGGCUCCAGUCCCGGUGUUCGUGCUACCAGCAGUUCCGAUAAACCUGAAAGGUCUUCUACACCCGUGAGGUCCAGGUCCAGGUCUCCUCGUCCUGUGAGGGUCAGGUCCAGGUCUCCUCCUCCCAGAAAUGUUUCUUCUGAAAAGGCUUCUUCUUCAAAAUCUCCUCUUGCUAACAGGUUGAUGGUUGCACCUAAAUGGCUUCCUUCUGAUCACGGACCUGGACAUAAACUUGAUCAACUUCCAUUUAUUCGGCUGAUUCCCAAAACGGCUUCGAAACGGAAGUUCGAACUCAGAAGAUACACUUUUCCUGUCCAUGGAGAAAUGAAAUUGAGAAAAGGAAGCAGUAUAUAUGAACCUCUGCCAACUGAAGAACAAAUUGUUAUAUCAACAUCCAACGGUGACGUGUUUGCAAUUUUGGAGACUUCUAAUUGCCUUGCUGGAAUGUAUAUCCGUUCAUCAAAGACUUUCAAACGGGCAAAAAUAAACACAGAAACGGGAAGAGUUACCGUAUUAACUCAAGAUGAACUUGAUGACACUCCAUGCGUCAAUACCACGGUAGCAAAAACAAUACCUUCAGAUUUGCUGCUAACUGGUAAACUUAUAAUGAAUUCUGAGUUAAGUUCGCAGUCCGAAUCUUUAUCUAAUAGUGGCUCUAUUCCCGGUGUUCCUCCUACCGGACGUUCUGAUGCACUGGACAGGUCUCCUCCUACGGUGAGGUCCAGGUCGAGGUCUCCUCCCACCGGACAUUGUUCUUUCAAAGCAUCCUCUUCUUCAAAGUCUCUUCUUGCUACCAGGUUUAUGGUUCCACCUCAAUGGCUUCCUGCUCAAUUAAGUUUACAGUCCGAAUCUUUAUCUAAUACUGGCUCUAGUCCUAGUGUUCAUCCUACUGGCAGUUCUGAUACACCUGAGAGGUCUCUUCCUCCUGUGAGGUCCAGGUCCAGGUCUCCUCAUCCUAUGAGGUCUAGGUCCACGUCUCCUCCUCUGGGAAAUUGUUCUUCUCAAAAUGCUUCUUCUUCAAGGCCUCCUCUUGCUAACAGGCUUAUGGUUGCACCUAAAUGGCUUCCUUCUCAUCGCGGGCCUGGACAUAAACUAGAUCAACUUCCAUUUAUUCGGCUGAUUCCGAAAACGGCUUCGAAUCGGAUAUUCGUACUCAAAAGAUACUCUUUUCCUGUCGAUAGCGAAAUAAAAAUGAGAAAAGGCAACAAGUUAAGUUUACAGUCCGAAUCUUUAUCUAAUAGUAGCUCUAUUCCUGGUAUUUCUCCUACCGGAAUUACUGAUGCAUCUGACAAUUCUCCUCCUAGGGUGAGGUCCAGGUCGAGGACUCCUCCCCACAAACAUUAUUCUUCCGAAGCAUCCUCUUCUUCAAAGCCUAUUCUUGCUACUAGGUUGAGCGUUCCACUUAAAUGGCUUCCUUCUCCUAGCGGACGUGGAAAUAAACUUGAUGAACUUCCAUUUAUUCGGCUGAUUCCUAAGACAGCAUCGAAUCGGAUAUUCGAACUCAGAAGAUACACUUUUCCUGUCGAUACAAGAAUGAGAUUGAGAAGAGGAAGCAGUGUCUAUGAUCCUCUGCCAACUCAAGAACAAAUUGUUCUAUCAACCUCCAAUGAGGCUUUAAAUGAAGGAAGCAAUAAGCAGAGUUUAACAAUCGGUCGGUUGAAUUCUGCAGUGGCCGUCCUAACACGAAUCGAGCGAACUAAGCCAUCUUUACCUGGAUAG